UGUCAUGAAAAUAGUCACUUAAAACUGCAAUCUUAACUUUGGGCAUGGUCCCAAAAACGCACUUACCAAAGGACAAACACAAGUGAAAAAGUGGUUGAGAUCUCAUAAGGGUCUUAAGUGUUAAUGACUGAGUUUAAUGUGUCUGCCUGUGCAGCUGGCACUAGGUGCACUUACACCUUACUGUUAAAGGAUUACAUUACAUCAUGACCAUUUUCAAAACAGGAACAUGUACAUUCCACCUCCCGACUUUUAGUCACAAACGUUCAACUGCCAUUCCAAUAACUCCUGAGAAAGCAUCUUUGUUGAUCACUAAAACGGAGUUCUAAACCUUUGCAUGGAGGUGUGACCUUAAAAACAAACUUGAGGGAGAGAGCUGAUGUUCUGAGAUGUGAGCAGGUCUAUUUGACUUGAGCCUGUCUAUGUGUACUGACAGGGGUAUGACCUUAGAAGGUGUAAGGCACACUUUCAUGUAAAGAAUCUCACUUUCCCCCACAUAACUAACCUAAAAUGAAUAAGGCAGAAGAUUACUUUAGCUAGAUAGUAUGGUUUUCAUGCACCCAGUGCUAUAUGAAACAUUUUGCUUGAGAUUUUAUUUUUUGUUUAAGAUUUUUCUUUUAAAGUUACUAUUGCCUCACAACGAACCGUCUCCUAUGUCUAAAGUAAACUCAACAUAUCCUGGGUAUUGAGACGUUGUAUUAAUGCGAGCUCUGUCUGUGCGCAUUCACGGCGUUUAAACAACCUCGUUUGAUUUAAACCAGCACAAAUGUCCCUAAAAAACGACGUAGCCGCUGGGGUUUACUGUUCUUCCUCAACAUAACUAACAUAGUCAUGGUGGUUGACACCUGUCUCAAUGAUCAUGUUGACACACGCUCUCUGUCUGCCUCAGCGGUAUACCGUAUUGACACGAACUCCGCCCUGGAGGCGGACUGAAAGUCAUGCUAGUCUGAAAUAGCUUUGUUCCGUGUGGGUCUAUGCCACUCUUCAGAGGAACAUGGAGACGGAGGAUGGUGCGCUGGAAGAGCUUCAUAAAGAACUUACCUGUCCCGUAUGCCUCGACUUGUUCCGCGAACCGGUUAUCCUAGAGUGCGGGCAUCACUUUUGUCGUGCCUGUAUUGGUAGAUGCUGGGAGGCCAAGUCCGUUGACGAAUCGACCUGCCCUCAGUGUCGUAAGACAUGUUCCAAAACACCGAGACCAAACUCGCUACUUUGUAACGUUGUGGACAGUGUGCGCCGCGCGAGAGCAAUGGACGCGCGACCGAAGGACCCUCCGCAGGCUCCCCGGAGCCCAUCACCUGAGCCGAACACCUCCAGUUGCAGUCGUGACGACCCCGAAACCAGAAGUGAACCCGGUAUGUGUCUUGAGCACGAAGAGAGACUAAAGCUCUUCUGUGAGGAUGACCAGGUGGCCAUCUGUCUUGUUUGCGGAAUGUCCCGCGACCACAAGACUCACAACGUAAUUCCCAUAAACGAAGCUUUUGAAAAUUACAAGGAAAAGCUGUCUUUUGCUCUUCGAAAAGUUGAGGAACAGAGGAAGGAUGCUUCUGCGUAUCAAUGCCAGACAAACGACAACAUCUUGCUCCUUAAGGAUCGAGCUGGUGUUCUGGAUCAGCAGAUCAGCGCUCAGUUCCAGGAACUUCAUGACUUCCUGUCCCGACAGGAAGAGGAAAUGAAAGCGUGUCUGAAACUCGCCAAAGAGCAGAAACUGGGGCAGCUGAACGACUCGCUCACCCAGACGACUGAACAGAUGAGUGAGCUGGAACUCACUGCCCACAGCAUACACACCAAACUCAACGAGGAGGAGGAGAACCCCGAACUGCUCAGAGGAAUCAAAGGCUUCAUUGAGAGUGCGGAGUGUGUGUUUGAGACGCCCCAGCGUGUGUGUGUGGAGUUGCAAGAGGGGGAAUUUGUAGGUCCACUGCAGCACCGAGUCUGGAAAAAAAUGAACUCAGUCUUGAAGCCAGGGGUGGAGCCCGUGACCCUUGACCCCUCCACUGCCUACCCCCGUCUUCACGUGUCCGCGGACGGCCGGAGUGUGAGUGUGGGGGACAUCCAGUCCGGUCUGCCCAACAACCCUGAGCGCUUCACCCUCUACAACAUCGUGCUGGGCACCGUGCCCUUCACCCAGGGGCGCCACUACUGGGAGGUGGGGGUGGCGGGCAAGACCGCCUGGGGCCUGGGCGUCGCCGCCGCCUCGGUCAACCGCAAGGAGGAGAUCAGCCUGUGCCCGGAGGACGGCUUCUGGACGCUGGUGCUGCGCAACGGCAGCGAGUACGAGGCGUGCACCAGCGCUGACGAGUGCCCGCUGACCCCCGGGCACAAGCCUGACUGUGUGGGCGUCUACCUAGACUACGACCACGGCUUGGUGGCGUUUUAUGACGCUGGAGAUAUGAGUCACCUGUUCACCUUCAGUGAGGCUCGCUUCACGGAGCCGGUCUACCCCUACUUCAACCCCUGGCCCAUCAUCGGAGGACGCAACCGGGAGCCUCUCACUAUACACACGCCACUGGUCUAGGGGCGUUGCUAAGGCAACUGAGUAGUUACACCAUGGCAACUUGUACCUCAUUACAUACAGUAUAUCCAGCAUGUAUAACUGAAUCGAACUGGCAGAACUGAAAAUAAUCCUCCUUGUCAACGGCAGAGAGCUUCCACCAGGAUGGUGUGCCAGUUACCGACUCACAGACACACACACACACACACACACACACACACACACACGCACACACACUGCAGAGAGCUUCCCCCAGGAUGGCGUGGCAGUUACCGACACACACAGACACACACACACACACACACACACACACACACACACACACAGACACACACACACAGACACACACACACACACACACACUGCAGAGAGCUUCCUCCAGGGUGGUGUGGCAGUGACCGACUCAUCACAGCCCAGACAUAUCUUCUACAGACUGCAGAGUUUUUGUCUCUUGAUGAAAGAUGGUCUCAACUGAGAUCGAGUAAAGUCACCUCUUGUCCACAACUUUCAUUAACACUGAAACAGAUAUAAGAAGGUCGAACGAUGCACAUUACUAAUAUAUUUGACUCUUUUUCAUUAUCUUUGUCAUUGAAUGAGACAAAAUCAUACAAGCUGUUGAGUUUGAGAUCCAUUACUAGUAUGUCAACAGCAGGAUCCAGAUGAGCUCUCGGUAAAGGGCCCUAGGGAGAAGCAUUGAGUUCGUCUCAUCAGAGACAGAUUAAGGCCUGAGAUCAAUUUGAUCUCACGGAUCUCUUCCUUUCUCCUCUAAGGUUUUUUGACUCAGACACACACACACACACACACACACACACAC